AUGUCUAACCGUCCUUCACAACGAAAGGGCAAGGCUGCCGUCCCCAAGCCAGCAAGGGGAUCAGGACUUAACCCAUCAGGACUUCCAGCUGCUGAUCAACUCAACAUUCCAGCUGAACAACCUUCUGUAUCAGCAUUCGGUUUCAAUCCACACGAAGACAGUAUGCAGCGGCAAAGCGGGGGUCCAGAUUGGCACUCUUUCCGUGGACCCACGCAGUACGACGACUCACACGCAUCCAGCUCUACAUCCUUCGGCGCUUUUGCGCAGCCUCAACAAGAUAAUUUCACGCAGUCACAACCCUACGACGACUCACACGCAUCCAGCUCUACAUCCUUCGGCGCUUUUGCGCAGCCUCAACAAGAUACUUUCACGCAGUCACAACCUGUUACGCACUCAAAUAGAUCUGUUAUGCGGAGCCCUAAGAGGGGCGUCGUCCGCUAA